CCAUGAAGUUGCAGUGGCUUCUCCUCUGCCUGGCUUUGAGCUCAGCAGCCAGCAGCAGCGCUGACGAGGCACAAGGCACAGAGGAAGACUCACCAAAAGACACAGAGGAAGAGAACAAAGAGAAGACGAAUGACAUUCUGGAGGAAAUGGAUGUCAUGGUCCUUCAUGUAAAUAAUUUUGCAAGAGCACUUAGUGAAAACAAAUAUCUCCUUGUUGAAUUCUAUGCCCCGUGGUGCAGUCACUGCCGUGCUUUGGAGCCGGAAUAUUCCCAAGCAGCUAGAAUCCUGAAGAAUGAGACAAACGAGAUUCGACUGGCCAAGGUGGACGCCACGGAGGAGAAGGAGCUGGCCGCGGAGUUUGGAGUCGACAGUUUCCCCAUACUGAAACUCUUCGAAGAUGGAAGACGGGAAAAUGCCACAGACUUUACUGGGAAAAGGAAUGCCAAAGGUAUCGUUCAGUGGCUGAAGAGGCGAGCCGGCCCUGCGGCUACCUUUCUAGGAACAGAACAGGAUGCUCAGGAGCUCAUUGAUGCACACAGUGUGGUCGUCAUUGGCUUUUUCACACAUCUCAGUAAUGAUGAUGUCAAGGUCUUUUAUGAAACUGCAAUGGAAAUAACAGACGUGACAUUUGGAGUAACGAUACUUCCUGAAGUUUUCAAAAAAUACAGCGUGGCAAACACAGCUAUUGUACUUUUUAAACAGUUUGAUGAAGGACGCGUAGAGUUUGAGAUUUCAAAAAAGCUAGAGAAAGAUGAGUUGACUGCUUUCAUCAUGAACAACAGUUUGGAACUUGUCAUUCAGUUUAGCGAGGAGAAUGCAGACAAGAUCUUUGGCUCAAAGAUACACAACCACAUCCUGCUGUUCAUGAAUUCAACUGAGGAGUCACAUGCUCAGAUCCUGAGCACAUUUCGAGGGGGGGCACUGGAUUUCAAAGGGAAGAUUCUCUUUGUUGUAAUCAAUGUGAAUGCAGGCGUCUCGCAUGUGUUGAAAUACUUUGGCUUGACAGAGGAUGAUGCCCCCACAUUUCGACUCAUUAACACAGACACACUGAAGAAAUAUGCACUGGAUGGAAAGGGCCUUACAGCAGAGCAGCUUCAUGUUUUCUGUCAGGGUGUGCUGGAUGGAACAGUUGAGCCUCACAUGAUGAGCCAGGAGAUUCCUGAGGACUGGGAUAAAAAUCCUGUCAAAGUACUAGUAGGCAAAAACUUUGAAAAAGUGGCCUUUGAUGAAACCAGGAAUGUCUUCAUUGAAUUCUAUGCUCCUUGGUGUGGACACUGUAAAGAACUGGAACCAAUCUGGGAAAAACUGGGUGUGAAAUAUAAAGACCAUGAGAGCAUAAUAAUUGCUAAGAUGGACUCCACUGCUAAUGAAGUGGAUUCUUUUGAUGUCUCUGGAUUUCCCACAAUAAAGUACUUUCCAGCUGGAUCAGAGAGAAAAAUUGUUGAUUAUAAUGGAAAUAGAGAUUUAGAAACAUUUUCAAGAUUCUUGGAGCAUGGAGGACAGCUCCCUGAAGAGCCAGAUGAAGAAAUAGAUGAAGAAGAUGUAGAAGAUGAAGAAAAGGUAUCUGAGGAGUCAACUGUGGUAGAUCUCCAACAAGAUAAUGGGACAACUAAGGAUGAAUUGUGAUUUUAAUCUGAAUAGC